UUUUCCCAGUCAGCUGCAAUAAUUCUCGGUGACGGCCCCGAUUUUUACACCCAAACGGAACCAUGCCUGGGGAUUCGGGAAAAACAGACAUGGAUAGGAUCGGCCUCUUCCAGGAGAUGAGCUAUGUCACUGUUCAGGAUCCGUAUGUCGAUGCAAUGCCAAAACCUUUCAAUGAGGAGGCUUAUAAAGGCAAGCAAAUGUUGUUGGAAGGCACAAAGCUGAAGUCAGCCACUCAGGCAGGAUACUUUGAUCGUGAAUUUAUGCGGAUCUUUGAAAAGGAAGCCUAUUCUGAUCGGGUUAAAUUAAGAAGGCAAGCGAAAUUGAAGGCAGCUCAAAAUAACUUAGAUGGAGUCUUCUUUCCCAGUCAGGGGGAAAAGAAGUGGUCUGGAUUGGGCAGUUACUAUGGAACAAUCGGUGGUUCAUUCAAAGCCUUCAGUGGGUUGGCGAAGCCAAAGCCACCAUUUGUUCCAGAAAAUAAAAACUUUUACACCAAUCCUGGAAAACGAGGAACAGGCUAUGGGUAUACUAAUCUUACCAUAGGUCCAUCAUACGAACACUCUCCAGAUGCUUACAUAGUAAAAGAUACAAAGCUUGGUGGCAUGAAAGCCGGCACAUUUGAUGUUUAUCCAGCCCAUUUCGAUACCUUAAAGAAAGUUGAGAAAGAGGCUCCGACAGCUGGUUUAGUUUUCCGACCCAAUGCUGGACCAAAGAGCAGGCCAGUUAAAAGUGUCCUUGCUGCAAAUGUCAACAGGGUGAUAAACAACUUGAACUACAAGAGUGUCAAUCGUGUAAUGGCUUAUUAAUGAAAUGGCUUGUGGAA